AUGUUAUGUCUAUUAAUCACUCGUGCCGUCUACGAACGAGAACAACGUCAAAAACAAAUGACAAAUCUUCAUCGUCUCCUAUUCAAUUUACCUGAUGUAGAUUUGAAUACGAUUAAUAUGAAUAAACUAAAAGACGAUAUUAUUGAUAAAACAGCGAAUCGAUUUGGACAAGUAUGCAUGACAUUAGGAAAAACUAUUAGAGAAAUGGAUGAAUUUAAAAGUCAAUUACAAAAUUUGCCAACAUCUAUCGCUCAGAAAUUAGGUGCACUCAGUGACGGAUCAAAUAAUCAAGCGAUUGAAAGUUUACAACGAGCCUUAGUCGAAAAUCAAUUGCAUUUCAAUGCGCCACAACAUAUUGUUUCAAAUUAA